GACAGCAGGGGCUGGCCCGCUGGCCCCACGGGUCGUCCAGGGGAUUAGCACGGUGUGUCUCAGCUCAUCAGGCCGCCAUUUCUUGGCCCCUCGCGAGGGGCUGUCCCUUCCUCAACUUCGCCUGCUGGCCGCUGGGCCGCCGUCCCUGCCCAGUGACAAAAAUGCUGAGCUUCUUUCGUAGAACACUUGGGCGUCGGUCAAUGCGUAAACAUGCUGAGAAGGAACGACUCCGAGAAGCUCAACGAGCUGCCACACACAUUCCUGCAGCUGGAGAUUCUAAGUCCAUCAUCACAUGUCGAGUGUCACUUCUGGAUGGCACCGAUGUUAGUGUGGACUUGCCGAGAAAAGCCAAAGGUCAAGAGCUGUUUGAUCAGAUUACGUAUCACUUGGAUCUUAUUGAAAGCGACUAUUUUGGACUGAGAUUUAUGGAUUCUGCACAAGUAGCACAUUGGUUAGAUGGUACAAAGAGUAUUAAAAAGCAAGUAAAAAUUGGUUCACCCUAUUGUCUGCAUUUUCGAGUUAAGUUUUAUUCCUCAGAACCAAAUAAUCUUCGUGAAGAGCUCACGCGAUAUUUAUUUGUUCUUCAAUUAAAACAAGAUAUUCUCAGUGGAAAAUUGGAGUGUCCCUUUGAUACAGCAGUUCAGUUGGCAGCUUAUAAUCUGCAAGCUGAACUUGGUGACUAUGAUCUUGCUGAGCAUAGUCCUGAACUUGUAUCUGAGUUCAGGUUCAUGCCCAUUCAGACUGAAGAGAUGGAGCUGGCUAUUUUUCAGAAAUGGAAGGAAUACAGAGGUCAGACACCAGCACAAGCUGAAACCAAUUAUCUGAAUAAAGCCAAAUGGCUAGAAAUGUAUGGGGUUGAUAUGCACGUGGUCAAGGCCAGAGAUGGGAAUGACUAUAGCUUGGGACUAACUCCAACAGGAGUUCUUGUUUUUGAAGGAGAAACCAAAAUUGGCUUAUUUUUUUGGCCUAAGAUAACCAGAUUGGAUUUUAAGAAGAAUAAAUUAACCCUGGUGGUGGUAGAAGAUGAUGAUCAGGGCAAAGAGCAAGAGCAUACAUUUGUCUUUAGACUGGACCAUCCUAAAGCAUGCAAACAUUUAUGGAAAUGUGCUGUGGAGCAUCAUGCCUUCUUCCGCCUUCGAGGCCCUGUACAGAAGGGUUCUCAGCGAUCAGGAUUUAUUCGGCUAGGAUCACGAUUUAGAUACAGUGGGAAAACUGAGUAUCAGACCACAAAAACAAAUAAAGCAAGAAGAUCAACAUCCUUUGAAAGGAGGCCCAGCAAACGAUAUUCUCGACGAACUCUACAGAUGAAAGCAAGUACGGCAAGACCUGAAGAACUCAGUAAUACUUCAACUCAAAGUAAUGGCUCCCAACAGGCUUGGGGUGUGAGAUCUACUCUGCUUGUGACUCCUUCCAUUCCCUCUGGUCCUAUGCUGGUGGAGAUAGAGAAUCUUCCAAGGAGCCCUGGAACAGACCAACACGACAGGAAAUGCUUGCCUCUGAAUAUUGAUUUGCUAGAUAGUCCAGCCUUAUUGGAAACAAUGAUUGAUGACGUAAUUGGGAUACCUGAUACUGUGGAAACUUCGAAACCACCAGGUGAAAUUAACAUAGCCCCCAGACAAACAGGAUUAGAGGAAAAUGAAGUUGAAGGCAGAACAUUAGAAGAUACGUUGGAGAAGCUGAAACUCCUUGAGAUGGAAAACAGUUCACUGCCAUCUCCAUGUCCCAACAUUGAUGUUAACAUCAAUAACCAGGAGGAAGUGGUGAAGUUGACUGAGAAAUGUCUUAAUAAUGCCAUUGAGAGCCCAGGAUUGACUGCUAGGAGAGUUCCUCCUGACUUGAAGAGUAAUGUUUUGAAGGCUCAAGUAGAAGCAGUGCAUAAGGUUACAAGAGAUGAUAGUUUAUUAAGUCAUAAAAACAUCAAUGUUCAGGAUGCUGCCACAAAAAGUUCUGUAUUAAAUGAGAAUCAUAUGCCCCUCCCUGAAGAUUCUCUUGCUCCAGUGCACACCACACCUGCAGGAAGUGGUUCUGUUCUAAAGGAUGCUGCAGAUGAAUUGGAUGCUUUGCUUUUAUCUCUAACCGAGAACCUAAUUGACCACACAGUCAUACCUCAGGUACCUUCAACAUCCAAGUUCACACCCCUGUGGAUUGUGCCACAGUGUGGUGUCCUUUCUAAUGGACUCACAGGAAAUGGACCAUCCUUGAUGGAGAGUGAGGGACAUGGUAAUAGAGAUGGAAUCUCACUGAUCUCUCCCCCAGCACCAUUCUUGGUGGAUGCUGUUACCAGCUCUGCUCCAACUUUGGCCGAAGAACCCAUCCUGAAGCAGAAGUGUUUACUGACAACUGAGCUCUAAGGGAUUGCCUCCUCCUUUCCUGGAGGAGGACUGUUUAGCUGGAAGUAACUGGAAUGUUUAGCUCCCUCCAGCAGUUUCUCCAGAAAUCAAUUUCUGCUUAACGUAUUGGAUUCAGGAGGUUGCCCUUUACUUGUCUUGUAAAAAAAAAGUUUGCCUAGAUUUGACUUCAGUUCCAUAAAAGAAACAGCUACAUUUUGUCCAACUGAAACGGUUUAAUUACACUGCAUAUUUUCCCAAAUGAGAAUAUCUGCUCUUUUGCUUUCUUUAAUUUUAUGGACGUUUUCAAUUCCUGAAACAAGGGAAUUACUUUCCCUGAGGUUUUCCCUCAAACUCUUGGCUCCAUCUAGUGGUUGUAAUUGUUCAUAAUGCCUCUGUAACACGGCAGUCUCUGGUGGUCAGUUCUUUCUGGGUGAGAGUCCUUAACCUGAUGGAAAAAUUGCACUUUUCUGUGCAUUAACUGGAAAUAAAGAAUUUAGGAAGUUAAUGAGGACAUUAUAUGGGUAGAUGAAGUGUUAGGUUUUCUUUUUUUUUUACAAUUAUCACAAUAUUAAAAAGAAAUUUAGAAUACUAGAGGGUAUUCAAAUGUUGCCCAUACUUUUGAAUUCUUACUGGAUUGGCUUUUUUAGUACUCCCAGUUUACAUCAAGGUAAGAUAUACCUUGAGAAGAGCUACAGAGCAAUCAAUUGCCUGUCAGUUUUAGCUCUGCCUUCCUGCAGAAAGCACUGUUGUGCACAACACACAUUUUCUCUAACUGUUCAGCCCAGAGGGGUAGAGUAGGCUAAGGAAACCCUGAGACAUCAACCUUCAGGCCCCCAUACCUCUUCCUGAGCCAGGUGGGGAGUGCAGCCUUCACAGACAGGUAAUGGAGGAGCAGCACAGCUCUCCCUGGGCUGUCACUGCUCCAUCCAGGUGCUUCUUGGGACAUAAGCCCCAUUUCCUUUUAAUAUAAACUGCAUAAAUUUAGAAAUUACAAACUGAAGAAAGCGAAACAAAACAUACCAGGACAGAAAUAGGGAAUCAGGGUGUGGGGGGAUUUUGUUUCUUGAACACAUACCAUGUCUAAAGUAUACACUACAUACUGAACUCACAUCCCACAUUAGGAACUUUAUGUUAGUUUUUAAAAAGUCCUCUAGAAUUUCCUCAUCACUUUUGGUCUGCACAAAACAAUUCUGGAUGUGAAAGUGGUGCAUGCCCAUUAUAGAAAAUAGAGAAAAGUGUAAAAAUAACCACAUAAAAUUGCAACACCCAAAAAAACACUGUUUAGCUUUAAAUCUUAGAAUACAUAAUGCAAAUCUCAGUUGCUGUUGGGAAUGGGAUGAUGUGGAAACCAUGUUGGUAAAGUCAUUGUUAAUCCUGGUUGUCAAGGACUGAUGUUAAACUAUACCUCCUGGAAUUUGUUUUUUAGUUUUCUGCCCUGUGAUAUAUGUGUAAUUAAGUGCUAAUUUGUGCUGCUCGGCCUAAAAGAACUUUCAGUUUAUGAUAUUUAAAACUCAUGGUUUGGACUUUCCUGAGCUAUUCAUGUGCUCAGGCAAGCACAUGGCAGCAUCUGACUGGAAAGCUCAGGAAUUUUAAUCUGUGCUGUUUCCCAGGGAGCUGUAGAGACUGGAAACCACUUUUUCACAAAGCAUUUUUGCUGAAGAGAAGAAAGUUGGCACUCCUUGCUGGCUGCCUCCCCUUAGCCAUUAUGCCAAGCUUGUGAAUUUCAUUGGUAGAGCUCUUGUCAAUUCCUCAUUGUAAACAAAUUUUCUCGCAGCUGUAAGUGACACUUAGAAUGAGGGGCUUGACCCAGGACAUACUGGACUGUACAUCAAAUUUUCAGUGUGCUGGCAACCCUGGAUGUACUGAAAGGUUUAAAUUGUACUUUUAACUACAGAACGACCUAAGGCAUUACUAACUUGGAAGGCCUAAAUUUUCUAUCCAAUGUAUAAAGUAAGACCAUCCUCAUUUUAGACUUUUUAAAAUUUAGGAAUUAAAUUGUUGGAAGUAUUCUAUGACCUUUGUGUCUUUAGGUACCUGUAUUCUUGUCAGGCCAAAUAUAUAGGGACUUUCUUAGAAUUCAUGUGAAUCUCAAGCUAAAAGGAAAUUUUAUCUCAUGCCCUGAUAUGAAGUGGUAAACACAGAAGUGAACAUGUGAAUGAGGAAUUAGCUCUGACAGAUCAGCUCUACCUUUCCUGUCAUAUCUGCUGUUCCUGUCAUCCCAGACCUGCUGUGAAUCUCAUCUUGUUCUGCUUACUGGAGAAUGGAGGGAGGGAGGGGAAGGCUGGGGAUAUCUGUGAAUGUGUCAGGUAGGGGAGGGGAGAAGUCUGUCUCUGAGGAGAGGGAAGCACAAGGGCAUCAGUACAGGAUGCUAGCAGAGGAAGUGUUGAGAUAAUGCCGGCUAAGAAGGCAGGCUGGUUACACUGAAGUGGGAAGGACAGCUGUGGUGGCCCUACAGGCUGGUGACCUUCCGGGCAUAGUACCUCAUUCCAAAAGGUUACAACCCACUGAACAUCUAUAUCACCUGAUGAACUAAAUAAAGGUCUGAUCCUCAGAUGAAGGAAAUAGCCCUAUUUACUGUUCAAAAUGACUGUGAGUUGGGCAGGAAGUUUUUCUGUAUCUAGAUGAGGUUCUCAUUCAAUAGCACAAUAUACGUAGGUAAAAAGAAAUAAUGGCAACGUUUAAUUCAGUCAGGAGUAAUGAGAACAUCUUUGACAAGAGCAAGAACAAUAGCUUGCUUGAACACUCCAGCUAGAAAGCUGUUCUCAUUCCUCCAGUGGAAGGCAGCUUGGAGGUGAUUUUUAGCUGAGGCAGCAGACCCAAAUCACACAAAGCUGCUUUAGCCACAGACUCAACUACUCUAUGGUUACUUUCUUCCCAAUUUUCUAGUACUGGUAACUGAUUAAGAAUAACAGUGUGACUCUGGUAACUCAUUAAGAAUAAAUAACCUGUGACUAGGAGUGGAUUUUAGGCAGGUGCUUAGAAAGUGGUGGUACUUUUGUUCUCUUGCCAUUGUUUUGUUGAUCUGUGAGGUGUUGCUGUCACUGCUUUCUAAUGGUUUGCUGAGUGCACUGCCCUGGGAACACUUACCGUGUGCCCUGCCACAGCCAGCCCGGCAGAGCAGGAAGGACAUGAACCGCAAAGCAGCCCACUCUCCAGCCCUGGCAGGGGGGGGGGGCAAGAGUUGGCCUGGUGGUGUAAUUGGUAGGUUUCGGCUUUCUGCCCUAGACUCUUCUUCAGAACUCAAAAAAGAGAGGAUCCUGUUUCUUAUUAAUUGUUGGGAGUAUCGCCUUUGUGCACAAAGGAGGGCUGGCCGCUCUUUCAUUCCUGCCUUCCUGGAAACUACUAAACAAGAAAUGAUUAGGUUCCUGUGAUCUUGAUAAAUUUAGGCUGGCAGUUUUCCUGAAAUGUUUGUUGUUUUAAGAAAAAUUCUUUUUAGAAAUACAAUAUUCCUUGCAGUCUGCUAAUUUUUUGUCGUCUUUUGCACCAUCCCAGAUGUUCUAUGGACAAUUCAGGAUGAAAGCCCUGGGUGGUGGCUGCAUCAUGACUGCUUAUCUUUGUGUGCUUCUCGGUUCUGACUAAAACAGCCCCUCUGGCUUCUCUCUUAGAUGAACCCCAGGAUGAAAGUGCAAGUGUCACCCCAGGAAUUUUGUUGGAGCAGAAGUAUUCGGCAAUCACUUACAAAUCUUUGAUAUUUUUCUAUAGGUAAGGACCUUGAGUAACAAAGUUCUUGUCUUCCCAUUUAGAGCAAGGAUCAGGGAACAUUCUUCAGAAAGCAGGGGUAGUUAACAUUUUACAGUUCACUCUGCUCUGGUGCAGAAGUAGCUGAAGCAACAGAAAAUGCCUGAGCAUGACUGACUUCCAGAGACAUUUCAUUUACAAAAAUAGGUGCUGAUUCCUGAUCUCAAGCUUUGUAGGUUGGUAGAGUGGCUCCCUGGGAGUCAGGGAGUUAUUCAAAUACAUUCUUUAGCAUCAUCUGCCUCUUGGGGCACCUGACAUUUCUAGAUGCUGGGUCUUCCCUCACAUGUGGACAAGAUGUAGUCAUGGGCCUCCAGCUCUGAGGGUCUUUGUGAGGAGUCACUAGUUUCUCAUUCAUCUUGCCCUUAGCCUUUUAAUUGCUUAGAAAGCUGGAAUCUUCUAUACACUAAAUAAUAUUUCUAUAUAAUUUGUCCUUUUCCUCCUCUCAAAACUUAAAACACUCUGGUUCUUGAAUGACCAGAAGAAAGUUAGAAGCUUUUCAUACUCUUAGCCAGGAUAAGGAAAUUUGUUAGGAUUAUACAAACAUACCCUGAGCUGGACUCCACUGUGCUAACAUUUUGGUAGAGCUGUGACUGUUUCUAGUUCUAAGACAGAGGAUCAUUGGUCCCUUUAUCACAUUGCUUGAGACAAUUAAUCAGUCACUUCCCAGGAUUUCUUUUACCCGAGAGGCAUCUUAGCACAGAUCCUUGGCUCUUUUUAUCUUCAUAUCUGAAUAGGAGAAACAGUGAUUAGGACCUCACUAACCAUUUUGGGUUUACUUUUUAUAUGUGUAAAGCUUUGCAGUAGCUUUUAAAGUGUAAUUUAUUUUUACAUCAAGUGUACUAUUCACUCAUGGUGUCCACAGAUUUAUGUAUUAGAAGCACUGCACUGAACUGUGAGUUUGUAUGCUAGAGUUAUAACUGUAGCUGUGUACACAA